CUUCUCUCCUCGCGCGCCGUGCGGGAUUCUUUCGGGUUUCGUGACAAGUUUAUUUUUUUUUCGUGCUAAAUUUUCGUCGUCGUGAAAUCCGGUCCGUCGCAGGCUUGCCUAUAAAAAGCAAUAAUUGUGUUGGGGUUUUGCGUUGGUGGUUUAUCGCUUUUGCUUUGUUUACGACUUCCGGGCAGAUUCGCACAGGAUGACGGACAGCAAAAUCGAGCACGGUUGCGAGACCGAGGGCUGCAAGAGUCCGGCGACCCUGCAGUGUCCGGUUUGCCUCAAAAUGGGCAUCCAGGGGUCGUUUUUCUGCAGCCAGGCGUGCUUCAAGGGCUCGUGGAAGGCCCACAAGGUCAUUCACCUGUUGGCGAAGGGAAACGAGGACAAGAACGUGUUCAAUCCGUGGCCUUACUACACGUUUAGCGGAAAGUUGCGACCGUUUCCGCAGUCGGACACGAGACCCGUUCCGGCGGCUAUUCCGCGCCCGGACUAUGCCGACCACAAGGAAGGUCGCUCAAAGUCGGAGGAAUCGUUGCGCGGCAACACCACGAUUAAGGUGCUGGACGACGAGGAGAAGGAGGGAAUGCGCGUGGCCUGCCGGUUGGGCCGCGAAGUGCUGGACGAGGCCGCCCGGGUGUGCGACGUCGGAGUGACCACUGACGAGAUUGAUCGGAUCGUGCACGAGGCGUGCAUCGAGCGGGACUGCUAUCCGUCUCCGCUCAACUAUUACAACUUUCCGAAGUCGUGCUGCACGUCGGUCAACGAAGUCAUCUGCCACGGAAUCCCGGACAUGCGUCCGCUCGAGGACGGCGAUCUGUGCAACGUGGACGUGACCGUUUAUCAUCAGGGCUUCCACGGCGAUCUGAACGAAACGUUCUUCGUUGGGAACGUGAAGGAGCAGCACAAGAAGCUGGUCCAAGUUACGUACGAAGCGUUGAUGAAAGCAAUUGGGAUCGUGAAGCCGGGAGAGCGCUACCGCGAGAUUGGAAAUGUUAUCCAGAAGCACGUCCACGCGCACGGAUUCAGCGUGGUCAAGAGCUAUUGCGGCCACGGAAUUCACCGACUGUUCCACACCGCCCCAAAUGUGCCACAUUAUGCUAAGAACAACGCCGUCGGAGUGAUGAAGCCUGGCCACUGCUUCACCAUCGAGCCGAUGAUCUCCGAGGGCACUUGGCGCGACGUUUCGUGGCCGGACGAUUGGACCGCCGUCACCGCCGACGGACUUUUUUCGGCCCAGUUCGAGCAGACGCUGCUCGUGACGGAGACGGGCUGUGACAUUCUGACGAAGCGGAGGACCACCGCCGGAACGCCACACUUUAUGGACAAAAUGUAGGGCGCGAGGGAGAAGACAUCGAUUUCGUUUCGAGUUUAGCGAGCUUUUGUAGUGUGUUUCCCUCCCCCGAAACCAUUUUGGAAGUUUCUUUUUUGUUCCACCCUCAAAAAGCAAUAAGUCCGAAUUGUUGUUUAGCCGUAGAUCCUUGUUAUUCUUUCGUUGCAGAAAACAUCUGUUUCGCAAUAGAAACACAUUAACCAACUCUUCCUGCUGCUACAACAUGGUGAAAUUACAAGUUUUUUCUCUAUUGUAAUAUACAGAAAAUGAAAAUAAAUCCAAAUAACAAACCCAAA